AUGCCCGCGAUCCUGCGUCAGCGGCGGGUGUGCCAGUCCGGCUGGUUUGUCCGCAAGCUGGAGGGCACCCCACACUGGGUGCAGAUUGUGGAGCUGUUCAACCAAACGAGCCGCGGGCAGCCGGGCUCAGGAUGCACGCGGGACGAGCGCAUGGAGAUCACCAACCAGUCUUCGAAAAGCCCUUACUCGUGUCACGUUCGGCGCAUUGUAUUAACCCGAAAUGUGGAGAACGUCUACCUUGGGCCACUCAUAGGAAAGUCGACGGAGCACAACCUACCCAAAUUGCUGGCGCUACACAGCUGCAUCGAGCAACUCGUCCGCCACGAAGAGCACGUGCGCCGAGGCAUACGCUACGAGCAAGUGGUGCAUUCGCGGCUCGACCGUGUGUGGAUUGCCUCCCACCCUCCGGUGGCCGUUCUCGAUCCCAAAUACGUGUGGAUCCCAGGGGGUCAAGACUACCAAAGAGGCGUGUGCGACCGGCACGCGUUCAUGAACAGGUCGUCGGCCCAUGUCUACUUUCGGCGAUGGGACUUCCUCCUUGACGGGCGAGUCAUGCGCAUUGACAGCCAGUUUGCAUCAGGGCGGCUGAAUUCAAUGCUACAGAUGAACGAUGAGAACUACCUUGCUGACAGUCUCGCAUUCUACCGCCUUCCGAUCCGUCGCUUCCCGAGCGCCUCCUUCUUGGGUUGCUGCCCGCCUUCGCUCCAUUCGUGCUUCCGUAGCCGAUGCCUUCAACUGCAAGGGCUGCGAUUGCCGAGGAAGGCACAGGGACUGUGCGCGGCGAGCGCCGUUAACGAGACAUUCAGCCCUCCUGUGGGUGGUUCCCGUCUGCUGCGAGUCGGUGCCAAACUCGGAAUAGGACGCAACCACUUGUUGGCCGCUCCAGAUGAAUGCGAAAGGCACGUUGGCACAAAUGAUCCGGCUGCGCUGGUGGCGGCGGCGCUAGCGAACAACUACUCAAUCGCCGGCAAGUACCACAUGGAGAUGCACUGGGGCGUGCAGAUAGCGUUCCUGCUCGAGUUUCCAAGUACGAAAUGGGUAACCGUUGCUGUGGCAGAGCCCAAGCACUGGCCACGAGUAGGUCUCGGAGGGGUCGGCUUGCGAAUCGAUGCGCGGACGCACGCCACGCUCAUGAAGGUUGUGGAACUCAUCGUGCCAUGGUCGCCUCCACUCUUUUGCACAAAUGCCACGACGAGUGAGACGGUAGCAGAAGAAGAAUACUUCACAUGUGGCACGGUAGACCGUUAA